CUUCUCACGCACUUCCAUCAAGUUGCCGGUAACGUUACCUUACCUUACCUUCUCCCACGCUUGCUUCUCGAUCCAUUGCUGUGGUUCAAGGACACAGUCUCGCGCCAAUAUGUACAAGACGGCAGUGGCCGUCGCUGUCACGGCCAUGCUUGGCUACAGCAUCAUAUCUCAAUCCAACCCACUUGCGGCAGUGCAACAGUUUACGGAAGCCGCCUUCUACUCCGGGUUCCACUGUCAACCCGCACCCUACACCAUGCGUAUUCUGAUGCUUGACCCAUUGAUCAUUCACCUAGAAAACUUCAUCACGCCUGAAGAGAGACGGCAUCUACUCGAAAUCAGUGCGCCGACAUUGGAGCGAUCAAAAGUGGCAGCCAAGAAUGGAUCGGAAAUCUUCUCAACCUACCGAACGAGCUUGAGCACAUAUAUCGAUCGAGAGGAUGCGGCCGCGCGCUGCAUUUACGACCGCGUCUCGGAAUUCCAGGGCUACGAGCCUGUCGACAACGUCGAGUCCAUCCAAGUGACGGCGUACGCAAAGGGACAGCAAUUUCGAAACCAUUUCGACUGGUAUGGAUCCGAUGCAAACGUCACGAAAGACCGCAUUACCACCUUCUUUGGCAUCCUUGAAGCGGAUUGUGAUAAUUGCGGCACUCAUUUCCCCGACAUAUCGGCGAACUGGACGGGGCUGGACGAGAGAUGGUGUCGCAUCGUGGAUUGUGAUGCAGAGGCACUGACUGUUUUGCCUCUUCCCGGGAGUGCGUUGUUUUGGCGCAAUUUACACAUGGAUAAUACGGGAGAUCGAAGGACAAGACACGCUGGCUUGCCUCUAUCACGCGGUACGAAGACUGGCUUGAACAUAUGGACACUGCGGGAGAUUGAAUCUCAUAGCCUUGUAGCCGACCAGCAAUGAUGCGCUCGAUGUGCAGAGCAUCCUUUCAACUGACUUCUUCUUUCCCUCCAA